AUGUCGAGUGUUGCUGGUAAAGGCCAAGUGCUUGUGACUGAAGAAAAUGAAAGCAGUAGCAUCAGUAGUACUUCAAAGUAUAUCAGCGGUACUUGCAAUGAAAUUGUGAGCAUCACAGAUGAGGAGAAUAUCCAAGACAAGGCAAAAGUCAUCAGUUCGAGAGAUGCAGAUGUGACGCUGGAGUUUCUCAGACAGCACGAUUCAGAGGUACCCGAAAUUACAGGCGAGCAAGAGAAAAGGUUGUCAAGGAAAGUAGUGUGGAUUAUUGUACCACUUUGUGCCUUAAUAGAUUUUGCCCUGUAUGCCGAUAAAGCGACAGCUUCAUACACCUCCAUCUUUGGUAUGUGGAAAGAUACGCAUUUGACCCAGAACAUGUACAAUAACUCGACAACAUUGUUUUAUGUUGGCUUUAUUGUUGGGCAAAUAAACUUGAUUUUCCUCCAAAAAUUCCCUGUUGGUCAAGUUAUGACGACUCUCGGCUUUCUUUGGACGUUGAUCAUUUAUCUUCACACAGUGGCCGUGAACCACCAGGGAAUUUAUGCUUUAAGAUUUUUUCUAGGGUUUGUUGAAGCAAUUGCGAUACCUGCUUUAAAUACCACGAUGGGACAAUUCUUGACGGCGGAGGAGAAAAGUUGGACUGCUUCGUUAUUCUAUACUUCAUGUCUGGGCAAUGAGAUCAUUGUAGGUUUCAUUGCGUUCGGGUUGCUGCAUGCACAUCCCAGCAUAGCUAUUUGGAAAUUAUUCAUGAUCGUCAUCGCCUCGAUUAGCAUGGUAGUCACAGUUCUCAUCGCACUACUGUAUCCAAGCAAUCCUACAAAUGCACGAUUCUUGAAUCUCAAGGAAAAAAUCUGGGUUAUUAGAAGGGUUCAAAAGACUACAGGCUCUUCAAUUGAGCAAAAAAUUAUUAAAAAGCAUCAGAUAUGGGAGGCCUUUAAGGAUCCCAUCUCGUGGUUAUUUUGUGCCUUUUUCUUCUGUAAUCAGUUGUCGAAUAACUUAGUUUACCAGGAGAAGCUGCUUUUCAAACAAUUGGGAGUCUCAACCUUAGGGUCUACUUUGGUUUCAGUGGCAUAUGGUGGGUUUUCAGUUACUUGUGCAAUUAUUGCAUCUGUGCUUAUAAGGAAGAAAAGAGAUUUUACAGCCUACUCUGUUGUGAUCUGGACGAUGUUCCCGCUCGUUGGAGGAAUAGCGAUGGUAUGCCUUCCAUGGGAAAGAAAAUUGGCUCUCCUUGCCAUGAUAUGUUUAUGUGCACCUAAAGGUGUUGCGUGGAUAUUGAUGUUCAGUUGGAACUCCACUACAGUGUCUGGCUACACCAAAAAAGUGACUAGAAAUGCUAUGGUCAUGUUUUGGUAUGGAAUUGCUAAUAUAAUUGCGCCACAACUAUGGCAAGCUAAAGAUGGACCGAGGUAUUAUACAGCAUGGAUUGUUCAGAUCAUAUUCGCUUUCUUCCUGGCACCUAUAUCGGCUUUGGUGAUAAGGAUCAUCCUAAAACGUAGGAACGAGAGACGGAUCACUGCUUCGGGCACUGAACCAGCAUUGGGUAUAAUCACAGAUAGUACUGAUGAAUGCAGAAUAAGUUUCAAGGCCAACUUAGCUUUACUAGAUCUGACAGAUCUGGAAAAUGAGCGGUUCAUAUAUCCUUUGUGA